CUCUCGAUGCUGUUUUAAUAAAAACUGUUAGAAAUGCACCUUCUGUUAAUAGAAAAAUAGAGUUUUUGAAUCAGGUCAAUAAAUACUUGUAAUAUUCCCAUUCUCACAGUCGUGACUAAGUUUUGUAAUAAACAGGAAUAUCUGGAGGACUACCAUCUGAACUGAGAUCUGCUGCUGUGGAGAUGGAGUUUAUGAAAGACAUCAGUGAACUGGAAACCUGGAGAAUAAAACAAGAGGAACCAGAAACAUUGAGAAAAACACACAAGGAACCAGAACCCUUGAUAAUUAAACAGGAGGAAACAGAAACCUGGAGAAUUAAGGAGGAGGAACAGGGAGAGUUGAUUGAAAAAAAUGAGAAGAGCGAAGAAUUGAGUGAAGUUGAGGAGAAAAAUCAUGCUGAAACUGGAGAAAAACCAUUGAGUUGCUCUCAAACCAAACCGAAAGAUUUGAAGAAGAGAAGAGUCAUGAACUCUUUUACCUGCACUCAGUGUGGAAAGAGAUUGACAAGCAAAUAUAAAUGUGCUGUUCACAUGAGAGUUCACACUGGAGAGAAACUCUUCACAUGUGAUCAAUGCGGGAAGAGCUUCACUCAAUCAUCAACUCUCAAGGAUCACAUGAACAUCCACACUGGAGAGAAACCGUACAAGUGUUCACACUGUGACAGGAGAUUCAGUCAGUCAGGAAUCCUGAAAACACACGAGAGGAUCCACACCGGAGAGAAACCGUACACAUGUGAUCAGUGCGGGAAGAGUUUCAAACAAAAAGAACACCUUAAAACACACAUGAGGAUUCACACCGGAGAGAAACCAUUCUCUUGUGAUCAGUGCGGGAAGAGCUUUGGACACGCAGCUAAUCUUAAGAAUCAUAUGAACAUCCACACGAGAGAGAAGCUGUACUCAUGUGAUCAAUGUGACAAAACCUUUCUGAGGGCAUCGCACGUAAAGAAUCACCUGAGAGUUCAUUCAAAGGAGAAACCACAUUCGUGUCAUUUGUGCGGACAGAGUUUUUCACAUCUACAUUAUUUUAAAGUACAUCAGAAAACACACUCUGCCGUGAGAGAAGAGUACAUGUGCUUCAACUGUGAAAAGACUUUUACUUCAGCUGAACAUUUGAAACGACACCAGAGGAUCCACGCUGGAGAGAAACCGUACACGUGUUCACACUGUGACAAGAGAUUCACUCGGUCAGGGACUCUGAAAACUCACCAGAGGAUCCACUCUGGAGAGAAACCGUAUCACUGCACUGCAUGUGGGAAGUGUUUCAAUCGUUCAUCUGCUCUACACAGACAUACAAAAAGCAAUCACCACCAAAUACUUUCAUACUCUUGAAGAUUUCUUUAGGUCUUGUCUCAGACCCAAUCUCUCUGGUCUCGGGCUUGACGCGGACUCGAAUGAGCUAGUCUCGACUACAACACUGCUGCGUCCUCACCAACUGAGACACAAUAAUGCAUCAAGCAGUAAAACAUCAUCUGGAUAAAUCUGUCCUGACCAGACAUUACAAGAGACAUGACAAAGAAACAUUAUCUGAAGUUUCACAGUGAAGAAAGUUCAUCUUCAUCUUCAAAACCAGCAGAUUCUACUGAGAGAUUCAGAUUAACUCAAAGAUGGAGUUCCUCCACAGAGAACAGUGUCAGAAAGGUUUAUUUUUGUACAUUAUUUUGCUUCAUUAAAUAAAUAUAAUUGUGAUUU